UAUGUGUGUGUGUGAGUGAGUGUCGGCGGUACAGGAGCGAGUCCUGGAUUUUCCACGCGACAGAGACUAGCUGCUGCGGGUGCGAGGGCUUCAUCAUCCUCAUCAUCAUCGCGGUUCGCUCUUGUGAAGUUCUGUGCGGUUCUGCUCUGUAUCGCGAUGUAUUAGGCGGAAUGGGACUGAAGAUAAGGAAAACACACGCUCGACCAUGACACGCGCGCUCACCGUUCUCGUUUGCAUAUUUACCCUCAUCCGAAGUGGAGUCUGUGCGGACUCAGAAGAGCGUCUGAUGAACUGGCUGCUGGGUAAGGAGCGUUAUAAUAAGCUGAUCAGACCGGCGGUUAACAGGACCGAGAGAGUGACGGUUCUCCUGCAGGUUUCUCUGGCGCAGCUCAUCAGUGUGAAUGAAAGGGAACAGAUCAUGACAACAAACGUCUGGCUCACUCAGAACUGGAAUGAUUAUCGACUGUCGUGGGACCCGGCAGAGUACGAGGGAAUCGACAAGCUCCGGAUCCCCUCUAGACACAUCUGGCUGCCUGAUAUAGUGCUGUACAACAAUGCUGAUGGAACGUAUGAGGUCACAGUCUUCACCAACGCCAUUGUCCUGUUUAAUGGGAGCAUCGCCUGGCUUCCUCCUGCCAUUUACAAGAGCGCCUGUAAGAUUGAGGUCAAACACUUUCCUUUUGACCAGCAAAACUGCACUCUGAAGUUCCGCUCCUGGACGUACGAUCACACUGAGAUCGAUCUGGUGCUGAAGUCCGAGGUGGCCAGCAUGGACGACUUCACGCCCAGUGGCGAGUGGGACAUCCUGGCUCUGCCGGGCAGGAGGACGGUCAGCGCUUUGGACCCCACCUACGUGGACCUGACAUAUGACUUCAUUAUCAAGCGCAAGCCACUCUUCUACACCAUCAACCUGAUCAUCCCUUGCGUCCUUAUCACUUCGCUGGCCAUCCUGGUCUUCUACCUGCCGUCGGACUGUGGCGAGAAGAUGACGCUGUGCAUCUCUGUCCUGCUGGCGCUCACUGUCUUCCUCCUGUUGAUCUCCAAGAUCGUGCCUCCCACAUCCCUGGACGUUCCUCUGAUAGGAAAGUACCUGAUGUUCACCAUGGUGCUGGUGACGUUCUCUAUCAUCACGAGUGUAUGCGUAUUGAACGUUCACCAUCGCUCUCCGAGCACACACAGCAUGCCGGACUGGGUCAAGCUGGUGUUCCUGGUCAAACUCCCAGCACUGCUGUUCAUGCAGAGACCACGUGGAAACUCAGCCCGUCAACGUCUGCGGCAGAAGCGCUGUCUGCAGGACCCCGGAUCUCUGCUGGGCCUCGCAGCUCCUCGCAAAUCUGCCAUGUCGUCAUCUGCCUCUGCGCUACUGGCUGCAUCCUCAGCUUCGGCUCUCUCGUCACCGGGACAUUUUUACAACAAGGGACCUCAGAUCGAGUUCAACUACAGCUCUCGGAAAGGAGAUCUGCGGCCCGCAGAAUUCCUGCCCAAUGGACACAACUCAACACAGGACCUGAGAGGGAACAGGGCGGCUCCAGUCUGGGGAUCUGAGGUUCAGGAGGCCGUGGAUGGCGUUCGCUAUGUAGCUGAUCACAUGAUGGGAAAUGAUGACGAUCAAAGUGUCAUCGAGGACUGGAAGUAUGUGGCCAUGGUGGUGGAUCGCUUAUUUCUGUGGAUCUUUGUGAUUGUGUGUGUGGUGGGAACACUGGGUCUGUUCCUCCAGCCGCUCUUCCAGAACCAGACUGCUGCCAUCCAGCAGCCCAGCACGGAGCCAUCCAGACGGGAUGGGAUGUGAGGCCCAACUGAGCCUGAAUAAACUGCUGCUUUACAUAACCUGACUCAAAGACAUGAAGCUCUGAUUGAUGUUCUGAGAAUGAAAAACUACUCUAAUAGUGACACAGUCAUUGUACAAUACAACACAACAUACUACUGUAUUGUAAUAAUGUCACUCUAGAGCAUUUUCCUCACAUCAGCAGUCAUUUGACCCAGAAUAUGACUGCAAAGUGCUUGAAGCUCAAGUGACACCAAAUGGAAUUUCAGAAUUUAUGAUUGUCUUCAAACAGGUUUCACUCCCCUUGUCUGUCAUUGGUCAGAAACAACAGAUAACCCCACCCAACAUAUCACUUUAUUGGUUGAGACAUUGUUAGUCACUUUUUUUCCACUUUUCAAGGAAAUACACAUACAAAUGGCUUAUCAGUAUCUGCAUAUUAAGUCUGGAUACAAUUGUUUAAUUUAUCUUUUUAAAAUUUAACAAAUAGUUACAAGGAAACAGGCAGUAACAACAAAUUAAAUGGAAUUGUGAAGAAAAUCGUAUUUUCUAGUAAGACUUACUCAGAUAAUCUUUGUUUUAUUUUUUAGUGGUCUUGAUAGAUAAACAAGGUUUGAUUCACUAUGUAAUAUUUCAUCACAUUUGCAGCCAUUCAUGUCCAUUUUGACAAAGUCAUAAUCAAAUCAGUACAAAUUUGCCCGUUCUUGUCUAAAUGCUUGAUUUGGUUAAAGAGGAAGAAUCACCUGCUCACCCUUGUUUAAUUUUCUAACUCUUCUCUUUAGCACCAUUGUGUUCGGUACUCAAGCAUUUAUUAGCUUUGUCAUUCUGUUUUUUUUUUUUUUUAUCUUCUGUGUGUCGUCUUGUGUUCACCUGAAAGCACAGUCAGAUCUGACCUGAGAUUCAUGUGAAUCACUUUAUGUGGUGCGCCACCUGCUGGCUGUAUCUGUGUUUGUCGCGCUCAUUCACACGGAUCAGAAUCCAUGCAAUUCUUCUGUAUUUGAUGGUUAUUUAGUGAGACCUCUAAUUCAGACUACAGUGUAUAUACUGUAGUCCAGACUAUCCAGACUAUAGUGUCAAAUUUUGUUAUAUAGUAGAACAGGUUACUCCUAGGUGUUGGAGGUUUUAUAUUUUCCCAAAAUUCCAUACAGGACAGUAUCGGACUGUGGGAGUGAGAGUUAUGGAGUUUGUGGAUUUCAGUCUGAAUCAUCGUAUAUUUGAAACAUACAUCGCCUGCUAUUUCUUGGGAAGGACAGAGAACAUUCGGGUCCCUCUCAUAGAGAGAUUAUUAUCAUAUACUAAUUUUGAGACAAAGAGAUUUAGCAGUUGUAGAAAAAGUGGUUUGAAAAAUACACAGGUAAUGAAGUUCUGACAUAGUUUUGUGUUUAUUAGGUUAUACUUUGCAUAACAUAUGGAUGAUCUCCAUAUCAUCAACAGGAUGAUCUCUCUAUGUUCAUUUCCUCGCGUAAACAGCUUUCAA